AACUAUUCUCUCUCUAUGGGUCGUCAAAAUUCUUUAGCCGCAGAUCAAAGACUAACGGCGGCGGCGAAGACUGGCUGUUCAGAGACGGAGUUAGCACCUGGGUUUCGAUUCCACCCAACCGAUGAAGAAAUUGUUAGUUAUUAUUUGAAAAGAAAAGUUAUCAACAAGCCUGUCAUAUUUAAGGCUAUCGGUGAAGUUGAUAUUUACAAGCAUGAACCGUGGAACCUUCCAGACAAAUCAAGAUUGAAAACCAGAGAUCAGGAAUGGUAUUUCUUCAGUUCAUUGGAUAAGAAGUAUAGCAAUGGGGGAAGAAUGAACAGGGCUACAAACCAAGGGUAUUGGAAGACCACGGGUAAAGAUCGAGAGGUCCAUCACAAUUCGCAGGUUAUCGGGAUGAAGAAGACGUUAGUCUUUCAUAGCGGGAAAGCUCCAGAUGGAUUGCGAACCAAUUGGGUUAUGCAUGAGUACCGGCUCGUUGAAGAAGAGUUGGAAAGGAUUGGAGCAUCUCAGGGUUAUGUGCUCUGUAGAGUAAUUCAUAAGAAUAAUAUUGGACCACCAAAUGGAAACCGAUAUGCACCUUUCAUUGAGGCAGAGUGGGAUGAUGAUUCAGCCAUUUUGUUUCCGGGAGUAGACACCAAGGAUGAUGCAGUAACUGUUAGCGAUUCGAUAGCCGGCAAUGAUGUGGCAGCUGCUCAGAAUGCUGCGACUGAAAGCAACGGUGUUCAAAGGAUCAGUUCCGAGCAGGACAUUCAAUAUCUGGAAGAGGAUGCUCCGCCUAGUGAUGAAGUUCUGAGAGAGUUGCCGAAUGAGAGAACGGAUGACCGUACUUUGUUAUCUCCAUGCAAGAUCAAUAGAUCAGAUGAUUGCAUGCAUAAUCGAGAAUCACCCUUAUCUCUAUCCCAAUACAAGAGAAGGCGGCAUACAGAUUCAGUUCCAAACCAUGCAAAUAUUUCUGAGAAUUCUACUAAAACUACUCAGGGUCAUUGUUCAGCUAGAACAAAGACAAUGUCUCCAUCAUCCGCUACAAAAACAGCAGUUUCUGCACUCUUGGAAUUUUCGUCGAUAGAAACUAUAGAACCGAAAGAGAAUCAGAACACUUGUUCUCCUCCUCCGCCAAAAAACAUUACAAGUAGUCUAUAUUCCGUUGUGCCUCCUGAUUGCAUGAAACUUAUCAACGAACUACAAUAUGAGGUCCGCAAGAUCUCCUUUGAGAAGGAUUCAUUGAGGCUCGAAUUGAUGAGUGCUCGAACUAUGAUCAGCAUUCUACAUUCGAGAAUCGAUUCUCUUAUUGAUGAAAACGAGGAACUGAAGAGGAGCAACCGAGACAGGUAGCACGGGUUGCCUAGGAGCUUUUCUGGCAGAUUUCCUUAUCUUUACCCUUAUUUAGGCAUGAAUUGUUGUUCACCGGCAUUAGCAUUC